AAUUUUUGUAACCACUAUGAGUUUGGGAGGUUGUUAUCAUCUAUUUGUAUUUAUACUUUAACCUAUUAAUUAUGUUAUCUCAAGCUCUUUGUAUUCAUGUUUCAUUUAUGUUUGCUUAAAAUCAAUAAAAAGAUUUAAAAAGAAAGGACUACUCUGAGGAAAGGGUGGAAUACCACAACAGCUGUCAUGACGAAGGGUCUCGGCCCAAAACGUCGACAGUGCUUCUCCCUACAGAUGCUGCCUGGUCUGCUGUGUUCCGCCAGCAUUGUGUGUGUGUUGUUUGAUUCCCCGAGUCUGCAGCGCGCGUAGUGGACAAUCCCGGUACUGCAGAGGAUCAGCAGCUCCCUGAACGUGAAAGCAUUCUGAAUAAGCAAGUGCUGGAGUUAACAUGGCUUCGAAAAGAAAGGCCGAGAGUUUGAGCGAGGAGGCAAUUUGUCCCGUCUGUCUGGAUUUCUUCAUCGAUCCGGUUAUACUGGAGUGUGGACACAACUUCUGUCGCUCUUGUAUCACACGGUGUUGGGAAAGGGAGGAGAGAAACUCCUGCCCGGAAUGUAGAGAGGAGUUUGCUGACCGCACCCUCAGGGUGAAUCGGGCCUUAGCAAAUCUGGCUGAAAAAGCUCGAAAUCUAAACCUGAAUCCGAAAGAGAAGCAAAGUAAACGUCACUGCGAGGAACAUGAGGAAGAACUGAAGCUGUUUUGUGAAACGGACAAGACACUGAUCUGUGUGAUCUGUGCAGCUGCGCAGGAACACAGAGAGCACUGCUUCAGGCCGAUUAAAGGAGCUGUUAAAAUCUGCACGGAUCAGCUAAAAUCUUCCUUAGACUCUCUCACAAAAAAGAAAUCAGACUUCCAGGAAAAGGAGCAGCAACAGAAAGAGAAGAUUUCCGGAGUUUGGGAACAGUCACACAGUGUUCAGUCCCACAUCACAUCCCAGUUUGCUGAACUGCGCCAGAUUAUCACUGAGAAAGAGCAGAGCUUACUCAGGGAUCUCAGGGAAGAAGAGAAGAGGAUUCUCAAUCCAAUGGAGAAAAAUCAUUGGAAGAUUCAAGAGAAUAUAAGGAUUAUUCAGGAAGAAAUCACUAAGUUAAAGGAACAGAUGGAUCAAAAAGAUAGUGUGAUGUUUCUCAAGGAGGAAGCUCGUCGGAACAGCAGGAUUAAUGACGAUGUCCAGGAAUUGUCAGUGACAGAUGAGACCCUACCGGUUGAAAAAUUCGAUCACCUCUAUUUAUUGAACACAGUGCUGAGAGAAUCACUUGAUGCUAUUAAUCGAGGUAUGAUGCUGUGGCCAUCACGGAAUCGUGACUGAAGGAUGGUUGUAGUUGGGAGCUGAAUGUUCAAGAUUACACAAUGUAUCGGAGGAAGGAAGGAAGGCCGAUGGGGUGGUGUGGCUCUGCUGGUAAAUCAGCAGCAAGAUGUGACAUAGGAUAGGGGGAUGUUGAAUCCUUGUGGGUUGAGGUAAGGAACUGCAAAAGUAAAAAUGACACUGACACCAGUCAUAUACAGGCCUCCCAACAGUCAGUGGGUUGUGGCCCACAGAUUACAAUUGGAAAUAGAAAAGGCUGAUGAAAAGGACAAUGUUAUGAUAAUCAUGGGAGAUUUCAACAUGCAGGUCAAUUGGGAAAAUCAGGUUGAUAAAGGAUCUCAAGAGAGUGAGUUUGUUGAAUGCAAUGUGAUGGCUUUCUGGAGCAGUUUGUCGUUGAGCCUACUCGGGGAACAGCUCUACUGGAUUGGGUGUUAUGUAUUGAACCAGAGGGGAGUAGUGAAAAGAAACCUUAGGAAGCAGUGCUCACAACGUGACUGAGUUCAACUUGAAAUCUGAUAAGGAGAUAACGAGGUGGGGGUGUGAGACAGUGACGAGGUGGGCGGUGAGACAGUGACGAGGUGGGGGGAGAUCUGAAUUUCAAAAUCCUCUGAAAUUGUAGUAUUUCAGAGGAGUGAAAGAAAUUUCAGUGGUCUGAGAGAGGAGUUGGCCAAAGCAAAUUGGAAGGAGAUGCUGGCAGUGAUGUGAGCAGAGCAGAAAUGGUGUCAGUUUCUGGGAAAAUGAGGAAGGUGAAGGAUAGAUGUAUUCCAAAAAUAAAUAAAUACUCAAAUGGCAUAAUAGUAAAACCGUGGCUGAUAAGGGAAGACAAGUUAAUGUAAAGGCAAAAGAGAGAGCAUACAACUAAACAAAAAUUAGCAGGAAGACAGAGGAUUGGGAAGCUUUU